UUUAAAGUUGGGCUGGAGACCGACUCUCAUUGGUUAGGGUGCUUGGAAAAAAGAGACGCGGUGCAGCCCUUGCUGUGGGGCUGCUGCUGCCUCUGCCGCCGCCGCUGCUGGAGUUGACUCUUCUGGUCUCACUGCUGCUGCAGCAUAAACGUGACUUCCAACAUUUUUAUUUAUCUUUCCCUUUCCUUUUCCAAGAUGUAACUACAGAUCAGACACUAAGGACCUUCACGUUUUGCUGAUGUAGUUUUUGGAGGAAAAAAGGGGGAGUGAAGGGCGUCGGUUUUUUUUUUGUGUAUGUGUGUUUCGGGGGAAAUUUUCCAUUAUGAGUGUUUUACUAAAGUGAAUUUUUUUGUCUGCUUCGUCUUUGGCUUUUUUUUUCUUCCCAAUUUCGGAUUUAUUUAGAGGCGAAUCUGGCUUUGGAGGAAGAGGAAGAAAAGUCGGAUUACAACCAUCACCAACAACAAUAAAAACCACCAGGAUAUUUUUUUGCAAAUUUCUGACGGCUUAAAUUCAUGAAGCAAUUGUCCCCUUUUGCAAUCAGCAUUUGGAUCUCAGAAUGAGCAAGGAAAGACCCAAGAGGAAUAUCAUUCAGAAGAAAUACGAUGACAGUGAUGGGAUUCCAUGGUCAGAAGAAAGGGUGGUCCGCAAAGUCCUUUAUUUGUCUCUGAAGGAGUUCAAGAAUGCACAGAAGAGACAGCACGGUGACGGUAUUAAUGGGAGCCUGAAAACGGUAAAUGGGCUCCUCGCUAAUGGCCAAUCUAAGGGAUUAGGACCAGCAUCAGAACAGUCAGAGAAUGAGAAGGACGACGCAUCACAAGUGUCCUCAACUAGCAACGAUGUUAGUUCUUCAGAUUUUGAAGAAGGGCCAUCCAGGAAAAGGCCCAGGCUUCAAGCACAAAGGAAGUUUGCUCAGUCCCAGCCGAACAGCCCCAGCACAACUCCCGUCAAGAUAGUGGAGCCGUUACUGCCCCCUCCAGCUACUCAGAUUUCUGACCUCUCUAAAAGGAAGCCUAAGACAGAAGAUUUCCUUACGUUUCUCUGCCUUCGAGGCUCCCCAGCGCUGCCCAACAACAUGGUAUAUUUUGGAAGCUCUCAGGAUGAGGAGGAUGUAGAAGAAGAGGAUGAAGAGACAGAAGAUACUAAAGCGGCCACAAACAAUGCUUCAUCUUCAUGCCAGUCAACCCCCAGAAAAGGAAAAACACACAAGCACGUUCACAAUGGACAUGUGUUCAACGGUUCCAGCAAAUCCUCAAAGGAGAAGGAACCUGCUCCGAAACACAGAAGCAAAGAGGCCACGCCAGGGAAGGAGAAGAACAGCGAUCCCAGGGCUGAGAGCCGGAGGGAACAGGCUGCUGCUCCCCACCCCCCGGCCACAAACACAGGUUCCUCAGCUAAAGGGCUUGCUGCUAACAACCACCACCACACUCUCCAUAGAUCGGCUCAGGACUUAAGGAAACAGGUUUCUAAAGUAAAUGGAAUCACUCGAAUGUCCUCUCUGGGUGCGAGUGCAGCCAGUGCCAAAAAGAUGCGAGAAGUGAGACCUUCACCGUCCAAAACUGUGAAGUACACUGCAACGGUGACAAAGGGGACUGUCACAUACACCAAAGCCAAGAGAGAACUGGUCAAAGAAACCAAACUCAAUCACCACAAGCCCAGUUCGGCCGUCAACCACACAAUCUCAGGGAAAAUUGAAAGUAGCAAUGCAAAAACCCGCAAACAGGUGCUAUCCCUCGGAGGGGCGUCCCGGGCCGCGACGCCCGGCGUCAAGGUCAAUGGCAAGUUGAACCCAAAGUCAUGCACUAAUAAGGAGGUGGGCAGGCAGCUGAGGGAGGGGCUGCGCACUUCCAAGAGGCGGCUGGAAGAGGCCCACCCGGCCGAAAAGGCGCAGCCGCCCCCCAAGAAGAUGAAAGGCCCCGCCGAGGCCCCCAGCAAGAAGGCAGCGGCCGCGUCAGGGGCCCACGUCGACAAGAAGCCUCUGCUGAACGGCCAUGUCCGAAAGGAAGUGCCUGACAAGAGUCUGGAGAGGAGCCGGCCCAAGCGCGCGGCGGCAGCGGCCGGGGCCGGCAGGAGCCCGCCCAGGAAACAAGCACACGGCAGAGCAGAGGCCGCCACGGCCUCGGCCUCCUCCGCCUCGGCUGGGGAAAAUCGUUCUACCUCGCACACGGAGUCCUUGCACAAGCCCCCCGACUCCGCGGGAAAGCACGAGAGGGGCGGCGGCAGCGGCGUGGGCAGGCCGGGCUGGGCCGGCACCCACGAGAUCCCCACGCUGCGGCCCUCCGCCAAGGAGUUUCAUGACCCGCUCAUCUACAUCGAGUCGGUCCGAGCUCAGGUAGAGAAGUACGGCAUGUGCAGGGUGAUCCCGCCCCCGGACUGGAGGCCUGAGUGCAAGCUCAACGAUGAGAUGCGCUUCGUGACCCAGAUCCAGCACAUCCACAAGCUGGGCCGGCGCUGGGGGCCCAACGUGCAGCGGCUGGCCUGCAUCAAGAAGCACCUCAAAUCUCAGGGCAUAACCAUGGACGAGCUCCCGCUCAUAGGAGGCUGUGAGCUGGACCUGGCCUGCUUUUUCCGGCUGAUUAAUGAGAUGGGCGGCAUGCAGCAAGUGACUGACCUCAAAAAAUGGAACAAACUCGCAGACAUGCUGCGUAUCCCCAAAACUGCCCAGGACCGGCUGGCAAAGUUGCAGGAAGCCUACUGCCAGUACUUGCUGUCAUAUGACUCCCUUUCACCCGAGGAGCACCGGAAAUUGGAGAAGGAGGUUCUGCUGGAGAAAGAGAUCUUGGAGAAGCGGAAAGGCCCUCUGGAGGGCCACUCUGAGAAUGCCUAUCACAAAUUCCACUCCUUGCCCCGGUUUGAGCCCAAAAAUGGCCUCAUCCAUGGCGUGGUCCACAAGAAUGGCUUCCGGAGCAAGCUGAAGGAGGUGGACCAUGUCCAGCUCAAAACUGGGAGGCGGCGACUCUUUGCUCAGGAAAAGGAGGUUGUCAAAGAGAAGGAGGAGGAGGAGAAAGGGGUCCUCAGUGACUUCCACAAGUGUAUAUAUAAGGGAAGGUCGGUUUCUUUAACAACCUUUUAUCGAACGGCAAGAAACAUCAUGAACAUGUGUUUCGGUAAAGAGCCUGCCGCAGCUGAAAUAGAGCAAGAGUACUGGAAGUUAGUGGAACAAAAAGAAUGCCAUGUAGCAGUGCAUUGUGGGAAAGUGGAUACCAACACGCAUGGAAGUGGAUUCCCAGUGGGAAAAUCAGAACCAUUUUCAAGGCAUGGGUGGAAUCUGACAGUCCUUCCCAAUAAUACAGGCUCCAUCCUGCGUCACCUUGGUGCUGUUCCUGGAGUGACAAUUCCCUGGCUAAAUAUUGGCAUGGUCUUUUCUACCUCAUGCUGGUCUCGAGACCAAAAUCACCUUCCAUACAUUGACUACUUACACACUGGUGCUGAUUGUAUUUGGUAUUGCAUUCCUGCUGAGGAAGAGAACAAACUCGAAGACGUGGUACAUACCCUGUUGCAAGCCAAUGGCACACCAGGGCUGGAAAUGCUUGAAAGUAACGUAAUGAUCUCCCCAGAGGUGCUGUGCAAAGAGGGGAUCAAGGUGCACCGUACUGUACAGCAAAGCGGCCAGUUCGUCGUCUGUUUUCCAGGCUCCUUUGUGUCCAAAGUGUGCUGUGGCUACAGUGUUUCUGAAACUGUGCACUUUGCUACCACCCAGUGGACAAGUAUGGGUUUUGAAACGGCCAAGGAGAUGAAGCGUCGCCACAUAGCCAAGCCAUUCUCAAUGGAGAAGUUACUCUACCAGAUUGCAACAGCAGAAGCAAAAAAGGAAAAUGGUCCCACCCUCAGUACCAUCUCCGCCCUUCUGGAUGAGCUCAGGGAUACAGAGCUUAGGCAACGAAGGCAGCUUUUCGAAGCAGGCCUCCAUUCGUCCGCACGCUAUGGCAGCCAUGACAGCAACAGCUCAGUGACGGAUGGGAAGAAAAAGCCUCGAAAGUGGCUGCAGUUAGAGACGUCAGAGAGGCGGUGUCAGAUCUGUCAGCACCUGUGCUACCUUUCCAUGGUUGUACAAGAAAAUGAAAAUGUCGUCUUCUGCCUGGAGUGUGCACUACGCCACGUGGAGAAGCAGAAAUCCUGUCGGGGACUGAAACUGAUGUACCGCUAUGACGAGUUUUGCUUUGUCAGUGGUCACUGUGUCCUCCAAAGCUGCAGAGGCACUGCCGCCAGCUCAGCAGCCAGCUGAACUCAGCCUUUCCUUGUGGACACUUCAUGUAAGACCCAUGGUGCCCAGAGAGAGUGCUCAGCCUUCCCGGGUGCAUCCAGCGGCUUUCAGGUGGUCAAGCUGCCAUGCAAGUUCUUGUUCUUGGGAGAUGAUCGGAGAUCUGUCUUGGGGGGGGAGAUGUUUGGAUCCCUGCACUGGGGCAGACACACACAUGUGGGAAGCACACCGUGGAACGGGUGAGCUCACAACAGGCUGACUGUGGACAGCGUUGCCAGCGAGUACAAGUGACUUGGAAGAGGGGAGGGUGGGGGAUGAGGCAAUGGGAGUGAAAAGAGUUUUCUGUUUUCUCUGGCUGAGAAACAAAUGUCCCUGUAUAUUUGAUAAUUCAGCCACCAAAGUGGGGUUUUCAGCGCUAGAGCCUAGCUAUCGCGGUGCUUCCUGUCCAGAAAUUCUUUGCAUUUAAGACAAAUAUAAACACCAUAUGUGAAACCAUGGUGGUUGCAAUAUUUGGAAUAUUUCCCCCACCCUCAAAACACUCCCCCCCCCUUCUCCCUUUUAGUUCAGGUUUUGGUUAGAAUUCAGGAAUGAGCUUUGAAGUACAGCCCUUGUACUGAAUUCCAUUCCCUUUUCUCUUAAUUAGUGGAAAAAUACAGGAGCCCUCUUAUGGCCCAAACUACCUCCUGGGCUUUUGGUGAGGCCUCUCGGGGGCUGUAGAUGUAUUUUUUUUUUAAAUGUUUUCAGUGGGAAGUAAGAGUUUCAUUUAAACAUUCUUAAUAGAAACAUAGGUGAGAAGUACAGCCCUUUUUCUCUCGUCUCCAACCCACUAUAUAAUUCUUUUCCUUUUCUACAAGUGGAAUAAAAAAAGAGCCUGUCCUUGUAGUAUUCUGUACAAAAGGCCAAGUCAGGCACUGAGACAUCUGGUUGUGAGUUGAGAGGAGGGUAGCAGUGGAUGAUUUUUGUUGCCCUGAUUUUCACACACUUCUGGAAAUUGCUCUCAAGGCCACUAUGCUUGUCUGUCUAAGAAACUAACAUUUUGAGGGGAGGGAGCCAGGCAAAACCAUGGCAAGAAGGACCCUGGGUCCAUGUGUAAUGGCCUUUUUGACCAUGCUAAGACUUGUCUCAACUAACCACACUGAUGAUGCCACCUGGCCAUUCCUCCAGUACCUGCAUUUUCCAGGUUUGCCACCUUUAUGCCCCCUCUGCUUUUGCAGAGUCAUUCCCUUUGGCUCCAUGUGAGCAGCAUCAAGGAGUUCUUCCUGGAGGAAGAGGUUGAAGAGACUGGAGAUUUUAGUGCUCUGUGCUAUCUCUGUGAGCAGCGUAUCCCCCAUUGACCUUGAGUUGUUGAGACUGUUUGCCUUACAUACCCUCCCUUGUGUGUUUGUGGCCGCAGUGCUCAGCCUUUGGGACCCUGAACCCUCUUAAGAACCUUUUCCUCACUUGGAGAAGGAGGCCCACUCUUGGAUGAUUCCCAUUGCUAUUGCCAGUGGAGAAACUACUGGCAGGUUCAGCCUCUUUCCAUUCUAAAUCUCUAGAAUAACUCAGUCAGUAUUCUUGGCAGCCGUGGGUUUAAUUUACGAGGGAUUUGGUUGCAUUUUCUACGUGGGUGGGUUCUGACGCUGCAAAUGUCUUGUCAAACUGGCUGAGCAUCUAUUUGAGAAGAGCACGAAGCUUUGCCAGUCCUCAUUGCAGGAGGGUGGGCCAGGGCCAGGACGUGGCAAAAAUAGUAGGAGGCUUGUUCUGAGACCCACAGGAUGGGCAGAAGUAGAAGGUGAUAGAUUUAGAGGCUGAAACGAGAAGAGGUUAGGUCCCUUUCUCUCUACUCCUUUCUUACCACCUACCAGGCUAUGGAUUCAGCUCCACCUGCAAGCAGGAAGCUAAGUAAAUAGAUGUUGUUGCUGCCAGAAUGAAGAAUAGUUAUUAGAGGCACAGCUCCCAUCUUCCAUAGGCACACAUUUUUAAGUGGCAUUCCUACCCUUGAAGCUUUAUAAAUAGCAGAGAGGGUAUUGGGUUUGAAAUCCGAUCACUUGGCUUCCACUUCUGCCCUUGCUACAUGCUACCUGUGUGGGACAAGGAUGGGGACCAGACCUAUGAUUUCAUCAGUAUAGAGAUCUCCUAGAAGAGAAUACUCCCUCUCCCAACCCAAGGCAGUUGGGCACCUCUGCAGGUCAGUCUGGAGAGUUACCCAAGGCAGCAAGGUUGUCCUGGUCCCACUGAGUGGGUGAGAGGCAGGGCUUGACCAGGCGUUUGGGCUUUGAGACUGUCUCUCUGGGCACCCUGUGGAGCUGUCCGAGUUACUCUCUAAGCAAGUCGCUUAACUUCUCAGGGCCUCCAUGUCCUCAUCCCUGAAACCAGAGCUGGAGGAUAUGGUCUCUGGGGUCACUCCCAGUUCUAAAUCUGGUAUCUUGCGUGUAUUAUUUUGAUUUUAGGGCCCUGAGUAUUUUGCAAAAGAAAGGGCCGUGAACUAUGCUUAUACUGCUCAUGGAGCUAGUGAGUCAAAUGAUCUAGAAAUAAAUUUCACACUUCUCUUCACACCCUCGUGUCAUCAGUCGUCUUUGACUGGAUUGUAAGUAAGGGUUCAGAUGUGAACUGCCAGCCCUUCUGUACCAUGCAGUGCCCAAGCCAGCUGUUAAAAUUUGAUUAGCCAAACCACUCUAUUCUGUUAUGAAGCAGCUAUAGUUCGUACUUUAUUGUUAAUAAAUUUUUGUUUUCCUCUAGACUCCCAUGGAGAAGAAUGCAGUACUUUGUAAAUAGCCUCUCAGAUCUUAAAAAAUACCUGACUUCAUUCUAAAUCAAGGUGUACUUGUUAGGUAGAUGUGGUAGAAGAUUGGGAACCAUGUAGCCCGAUAAUGAAAAAUAGGCAAUGCUCUCAGAUAAGUGGGUUCAUUGUCUUAUUUUUUAUUACAAACAUCUGGCAUACCUACUUGCUGCUGUUCAUCAUUCAGCAGAAGAAUAUUCUGGUCAUUGAGGACUCUGUGGCAACACUGGUAUUUUUGAAAAGCUCAGCAAUGUGCUGAUUAGUAAAUUCUUACUAACGGGAAGUUAUUCCUAACAAUGAUAUCUAGACACUAGAAAUUAGAUUUCUCCCCAAAGGGGUCUCUCAUCUCUAAACUGAAGUAUUGACGUAACCUUGUGUGUCCUGGACAGGCCAAGCGCGAUAGAAUAGACCUCUUCCUUUGACCCCAGUGCUCAAUAGUGUGUCAGUGCUUGGCUGUCUUAUCUGUUGUACCCAGCAGAUAUUGAAACGCACACUUCAUCAAGUCAGAGACUUCACCGUUGGAGAAAUGUUUCCCUCUGAUAUGCCCUGGUUAGUGACAUGGCUCAAGUGUGCCAUGGUGCCCCAGUUGGGAAAAUGAUCAUUGAAGAGAUCUUCCUCCUCACCUUCUCUCCCUUCCCCCUGAACAUAUCCAUGUCCUGUUUGUCUAGACUUGUCAGACACUGAAAUGGGCAGUGCAGAUUGGGUGAGUGAAGACCACUGUGUUA